AUGCCUGAUGAACUCGACAAAGCGGCGGCAGGACUGCCCACACAUCUGCUGGUUGAUGCAGAUGACGUGUCCACAAAGGAGCCCCCUGCUAGUCUUGAAGACCCCCAGAGAUCCGCUUCUCCCUCAUCCAAGGAGCUGGUCUCUCCUCCCAGUCAUCACGUACCCUCAGACGCAUCGGCAUAUCCCGUGGUUCCACCCUUCACGCUCGCUUCUGAGCGCCCAAAAAACCAGAAGGGCCAGAUCGAAGUCAAGAAAAACGUGUUUCUCAAGCGAAAGAGAUCACUUGAGCCACCUCCAGCUGCCUCCUCGAAGCCCAUAAAUCCUGGGCCUGCAAAGACUUGCAGGUUCCAGGGUAUUAUUGAGCACAGGAGGCAGCAGGAGGCCAUGUAUUUUGCUAUGAAAAUGGAGGCUUGUGUGCUCAAGACUGACAGAAUCCAUCGACACAUCUUUUGGACUGAUGGAUCGAUUGUCUACGGUGCCUGUGCAGCAGCAGCGGUGGCUUGGAAACAGCUACCGUCGUUGAAAUGGAUGACGGAAGGCUUUCCAUACCCCUAUUGUAUCCAGAGCACCGACGUCGUGGAGAUGUUUGCCAUCGCUCAUGCUUUAAGGCGUGCAGUCGAUGAGGUUCGACAGGCAAGAAAUCGAGUCAUGGCAGGUUCUCACUUACCAGUCACCCACGAAGUGUUUGUUUUUACAGAUUCGAUUGGUGCACUCAACAACGUUAAAGAUGAUGCUUGGGGAUAUCAUAUUCCAGAGAAAUGUAGACAGGCCCACACCAUCAUCGACUACAGCAUUGAGCUCCGUAAUCUUGGAGCUAGACUGGAGCUACAUCUGGUGCCGGGACAUAGCGGCGUGCCGGGCAACACGGAGGCACAUCGAGCUGCCUAUAUAGCCGCUCAUCGCACCGCAGCUGAAGCCGGAAUAACGUCAACAGAGGAGGGAAUUGCUUUGCACCAGAAAAAAGGUCACGAUACAAUCAUUUCUCCGACGACACCGCUUUUGGUUCCAGCCUCCCCAGUCCCCGUUCGCUGCUCCAGGGGUCCUCAAGCCCGCCUUGCUCGCAAGGAUCGUCCUUUACUCUCACAACCAAUUAGAGAUACAACUCCCUCCAGGGUUGUUUCAACAUUGAGUUCAGGAGAUGUUAAAUCCGGAGAGCCAUCGAAAACGGACGAUGAGUUAUCCCUUUCUGGGCCUGCCCCAGGCCCAUGUUUUCCUCCUCUCAACGCCGGUUCGACCUUGUCGACAGGAAACCCAGCUGAGGUAUCAACAGCUUUGGUCACAGCGUCAGCCCUGAACUCCUUCCACUGGUUCAUACCAGUCAACACCAGACCGACCCUCGGGGCAGCCGAUCAAUUCCAGUCCCAAUCUGGUGGCAAACAGGAGCCCGGGUCCAAGAAACAGAGAACCGGGACUGCUGCUAAUGAGUCUCACUCAUUCCCUGCCCCUCAGCCUUUCAGUUCAGGGCUAACUGUCUCCAAUCCAAAUUCGGAGCUCCCAAGUAAUGACAACGCAGGAAAUUGUUUCAAAAAUGGGGAAUUCUCAUUCUCUCCUGCGAAAGAUAUGCCAGUAGCUGUGUUGAAAUCCAGCGCGGCGAGCCAGUCCUCUGUAGAGCCCUCUAACCUGGUAAAAACUCCAGGUUUCGUGGCCUCACCAAGCCCAUUUCAUUGGUUUCAAUCAAAGGACAAAGGACCUUUUAUUUUUGGAAGAUCUGUGUUGUCUGAAUUCAUCCCUCAACAUGCUGAGCCAGCCGCAAAGGGCGGUACUCUGGCAGUGGAGUCACCUUGUUUUGGCUCCUCAACAGUAGCUACUGACGCCGCAGCGACAGAACCGAACUCCCUUCCAGCUCCUAAAUUCGUGACGAACACGUUCCACCCUCUACCCCCUCGACCUCCCGACAAGCCUUUGCUGAUGCAGGCUACUCUGCCUCCACCACUUUCUGCGAUGCCUACAAGCUUCAAGACCUCUCCUCCAAUUGUGACAACGUCAAAGAUUCUUUCUUUUGCAUCUCCAGCGGAGCCUAGAGCAGGUUUGAGCUUGGCAUCAAUCUCAUCAUUUGGUGAGGUGAAGCCAGAUGCCCGUGGAAAUGUGACUGUUUCCUCGUGUCCACUAUGA